GAGCAGCGCGCGGGGCGUGCCUGGUGUAGGCGCCUCGCCCCGCCGCGACGGCCACGGCCACGGCGCGGCGCCGGACAGGAGCAGCGCGCGGGGCGUGCUUGGUGUAGGCGCCUCGCCCCGCCGCGACGGCCACGGCCACGGCGCGGCGCCGGACAGGCCCCCAGGCCGCGGCUCCGCGGCCGCCGGCCGGCGGGACGACCGCCGCGAGCCGCCCGCCUCUUGGGAGCAGCGCGCCGCGGAAGGCCCGAGUGGCGCGCGCCGCCCUGGCGACAGCGGCGUGCCCGACGCCUGGGACGACUAG